CUUAGCUGUUGUAACUCGUGUAUCCACAACCUUCUCAACUCGUCUAUUGAUUAUCAUUUGAUAAAAUUUGUAAACUUUACCACAUAAAACACCACAUAAAAAUUCCCUUACGCUUCAAUUAGUAAGUUCUUUCUAGUGAUUAUUACAUUUGGCAUUUUAACCCUUAAAAUCAUAAUGGAUUCGCUGUGUUCGAUACCGGCCUUCUAUUCCGGAAAGAGCGUUUUCAUUACUGGUGCUACGGGGUUUUUAGGAAAAUCAUUGAUAGAAAAAUUGUUGAGGUCGUGUCCUGAUAUAAAAGAGAUAUUUCUGUUAAUGCGCCCGAAGAAAGACGUGAAUAUAGAAGAACGGCUCCGAAAGUUGCUGACCAACCCGUUGUUUCAUACAUUGCGGCGUGAGCAACCCCAUUGUUUCGACAAAUUGAUUCCCGUAAAAGGUGACAUUGCUAUUGAGAAUCUGGAUUUGUCAGACACCGAUAGAAACUUGCUAAUCCAGAAGACGUCUGUAAUAUUCCAUAUAGCGGCGAACGUGAGAUUCGAUAUUACUCUGAGAAUGUCGGUGCUCCAGAACGUAAAAGCUACGAGAGAUAUAUGUAUUUUAGGUGAACAUAUGAAGAAUCUAGUGGCUCUCGUGUAUGUCAGCACGGUAUACUCACAACUCGACAAACACGUUAUUGAUGAAAUCGUGUAUCCAGCGGAAGUCGAUUGGAAAAAAAUGAUUCAAGUCGUCGAGACUUUGGACGAACAACUAUUGGAAGUGUUCAAGUCAAAGUACAUGGGCUAUCUGCCGAAUAGCUACGUAUUUUCCAAGAAACUCGCCGAGCAAGUGAUAGUCGAUUACUCUGAGUCGUUGCCGUGUGUAAUUUUGAGGCCAUCCAUAGUUGCAGCAACGUUGAGCGAACCUGUAAAAGGAUGGAUGAGCAAUUUUAACGGCCCGAUAGCACUUAGCAUCGGCGUUGGGAAAGGACUAGUAAGGUUAAUAUAUGGAGAUAUAAACGUACACAUUAACAUCAUACCGCUUGAUACCUUCAGCAAAUCUGCCAUUGUUGCAUCAUGGAAAUGUGGAGUGAGAAAGACAAACAUGAGGAUCGAUCUUCCACUUGUAUACAAUUGCGCGAUGUCUCAUGAUAGAUGUCCGAUAAAUAAAGAUUUAGUAAAUUUCUCCAGGAAUUAUAUACAAAAACUUCCUUUGGAAAAUCUACUUUGGUAUCCUCAAGUGUAUUACAUAAAGAACCUGUACUUCUACAACCUGUUGUUUAUAUUGUUCCAAAUAAUACCUUUCUGGUUCAUCGAUGAACUCCUACGAUUAUCAGGCAGACAACCGAGGUUGAUGGCAUUGCAGAGGAAAAUUUUUAUAAAUAAUUACAUUUUGGCACAUUUUACACUAAACAAUUGGGACAUACGAAAUGAAAGGGCGAUUAGCCUGUCUGAUGAAAUAUCAAACGAUCAACAAGAAUUUGAAUAUGGAACAGUCCUCUCUAAGGGAAUUAACAUGAUAACAUAUUUGGAAAACUGCAUAAUUGGAGCUAAAACAUAUCUUCUGAAUGAACGUAUGGAUCACUUGGGCACAGCAAAAUCGCAGUUAAAUAGAAUGUACUGGAUCGACAUAAUUGCGAAAGCCUCGUUUGUUAUUUUCUUCAUAUGGAUCAUUUACAAAAACAUUGUGUAACAAGGUAAAUUGAUUUUCAUCAAAGUAUACAAUUUUUAUGUACGACAUUUAGCAUCGAAGACUAAUGUCCAAAU